CAAUCAGAUUUGUGCUAAUCUUGGUCCAGGAAGUUAUUGUAUACACUGUUAUUGAACUUAGCUGAAUCUCUUCUCUUUAUAAGCAAAUCCGGACAUUGAAUGAGUGACAGUUCGGCUUUUACUUUGUAAAUCCUAAACUAAUAUCUACUGGGCAUUGAGCACUCUAGUGUAUGAGCCAUAUUCCUUAUUUAUGUAGUGUGCCUAUAUAGAGUGCACGGGCCAUUUGUGACUGGAGCGCGUGCUUGUCGAGGCUGUGAACUGGACAGACUGCUGAAGUUGGCGUGCGGCUAUGGAGCUGUUGUUGUGGCUGUUAGCUGUGUUGCUGGUUCUUUUCUGCUUCUUGGACGUGUGGUACUACCUCCGCCUGGUGGCUGUUUUACUCCGCGCCUGGUUCCUCUCACCGGUGUUUGACAUCACAGCAGAGCAGACUGUCGGAGGCCACGUCCUCCUCCACGAUAUCGACCUGGGUCACAUGAACAACGCACGCUACCUACGUGAGUGCGACUUCGCCCGGAUUUCCCUGUACGCCCGCAACGGUGUCCUGAAGGCUGCGAGGGCCCUGGGUGGGACCAUGGUAGUGGGUGCGACUACUGUCCGCUACAGACGGCCCCUGUGUAUAGGGGAAAAGUUUGAGCUGCGCACUCGUAUCGUCACGUGGGACGACAAAGCGUUCUACCUUGAGCAACGCUUCGUGUCCAAUAAGGAUGGAAUGGUGGCAGCCGUCAUGUUCUGCAAACAGAACGUGCUGCGGAGCAGCCCAGACAAAAUCCUCCAACACCUGUGCAAGAGAAAGGUUGAGGUUCCCGAGUUUCCCGAAGAGCUGCAGCACUGGAUCAGCUUCAUGACGGCAAACAGCCAAGCUUUAAAGGCGGAGAGUGGACUGGAGAAGAAACGUGAAUGAGGACGGGCGUGAUCAUGAUGUUGCACGUUUG